ACGAAGAACAUCGUAUCUGACAAUCUGCCACGUGGCGAAGACUGGAACGCAGCCGCCAUUUUGGUGCCAGCGUCCCCAUUUGAAAACCCCAUGUAAGAACAAAAUUCAAAGCAAACCUUUGAAAAUGUCACUUUCUGCUCAUUUUAAAAUUCCAUUGAACUGCUUAAUAGCCACCUUACCUCUUCUUUAAACCCGCGACCACUCCAAAGGGUCUUCUCUUCCGCUCGUUGACGACUCCAUCAUUAACGCACCUUGCAGUACUUAAGAACUUUCUUGCUGCUGCUCUCCAUCGCCGCCAACUCUUUCCUGCUCCAUGGCUCUUCACCUCCUCGACCCUCAAUCCGCCGCGGAGAAGGCCGUUUCCGUUAUUGGGUUUGGCUACGAUUUCACCAAUGAUGUUAGAUUGUCUGCUUGCAAACCGGGUCCAUCCGGGUCGAGAUUGAUCGAGCUUGACUCGAAUCUCACCCGAAAUCUUGUCAUUCCUGGUGGCGUGGUUGUUAGAAAUGCUCCCACUGGUAUCAAGUGUGACAAGGGGGAGCGUACAAGGUUCCGCUCCGAUAUUCUCUCCUUUAAUCAGAUGUCGGAGAAGUUCAAUCAGGAUGUUUCUUUGUCAGGAAAAGUUCCUUCUGGGCUAUUUAAUGCCAUGUUCGACUUCAGGGGUUGCUGGCAGAAGGAUGCUGCUUCUGCGAAAAGUCUCGCUUAUGAUGGUUGGUUCAUAACACUAUACAACAUUGAGUUGGAAAGAUCUCAUUUAACAUUGGCCGAGCAUCUGAAACAAGAAGUGCCUACUUCAUGGGAUGCUGCUGCUCUUGCUGAAUUCAUUGAGAAAUAUGGUACUCAUGUUGUUGUUGGGGUAAAGAUGGGCGGUAAAGACGUGAUUCACAUAAAGCAAUUACAGAAAUCAAAUGUUCAGCUUCCCGAAGUACAGAAAUUGUUAACACGAUUAGCUGAUGAGAGGUUUUCUGAGGAGGGAAAUGCUGCUGAACUGUCAAGAAAAUCAAAGCAAGAUGGACAUUCUGUAUCAUGGGCUCUCCAUGGAUUUGCUCCCACUCCUGUCAUUGCUUCCAUAAAGAAAGAGGAUAUAUUGAGCAUUGCUAUCCGAAAGGGAGGUGCAGAUAUUGGUCAAAGUCAUUAUCAGUGGCUCUCAACUAUAUCACAGUCACCAAAUGUCAUCUCAAUGUCCUUUGUGCCUAUAACUUCUCUGUUGAGUGGUGUCAGAGGCAAUGGAUUUUUAAGCCAUGCAGUGAAUCUUUACCUUCGAUACAAACCACCCAUAGAGGAACUCCACCAGUUUCUAGAGUUUCAGCUACCUAGGCAAUGGGCUCCAGUAUAUGGUGAUCUGCCGCUUACUCUCAGGCGCAGAAAGCAAUCAUCUCCAUCUCUUCGAUUUACCCUUAUGGGCCCUAAGCUUUACGUCAACACUUCGCAGGUUGAUUCUGGAAAUAGGCCAGUGACAGGAAUCCGCUUGUACUUGGAAGGUAAGAGAAGUGACCAUUUGGCUAUCCAUCUCCAGCAUCUCUCUUCUCUUCCCAGUAUUGUCCAACUCUCAGAUGAUCAUAGACAUGAGCCCAUUGAAGAACCUGUGGAACGAGCCUACUUUGAACCUGUCAAUUGGAGCAUAUUUUCCCAUGUGUGCACUGCCCCAGUGCAGUACAAUGGAGGCCACAUUGAUGACUCUGCUUUUAUUGUGACAAGGGCCUGGUUUGAGGUUAAGAUUAUUGGGGUGAAGAAAGUUCUGUUCCUGAGGCUUGGGUUCUCAAUGGUGGCAUCAGCAAGAGUCCGCAGGUCAGAAUGGGAUGGACCUUCAACUUUGUCACGGAGAUCAGGGGUCCUUUCAAUGUUGAUCAGCACAAGAUUCAGUGCUAGUUUGAAUCCACCGCCAGAAAAACCAGUGAAAGUUGAUGUGAAUUCUGCAGUUUUUCCUGGAGGUCCACCGUCGGUGACAAGGGCACCGAAAAUGUCAAACUUUGUGGACACAAACGAAAUGGUGAGGGGUCCAGAACACCUGCCUGGAUAUUGGGUGAUCACUGGUGCUAAGCUGUGUGUAGAAGGUGGUAGAAUCUCAAUCAAAGCCAAGUAUUCAUUGUUAGCAAUAAUGUCAGAGGAGUCGAUGAUGUUGAUGUGAGGAAGCUUACUCGACAACAAAUGUACUUCAAUUUGUAUUCUGUUGUAAAUGUUACUAAUCUCUCCAUUAUUUGCUUAAAUUCAGCAUCUUAAAGUAA